AACCUCUAGGGGCAUCCACACAGUCUGGAGAGAGGAGGAGAGAAGCAGAGUAAACAUAUCGAGGCUCGCUUCCACUGGAGCUCCUUCCAAAAGGGGGAAAUAUUUUUAAUCGCACCAAUUUACAGGGUUGUUUCCGAAGAGAACGGCUUCAUUGGAGAAAUGUCCACCACUGUGACAGAAUGUGGGAAUGUAAGAAUCAUCACACAAAUGAUCAAGCAAGGAGAUCCACAAGGAUCAGAAGCAGCCAUUGUGCCUGGGGCUACCACCAUCAUAUCACAGCCCAUGUCAGCGCAGAUCAAAAGCGUCAAGAAUACACUGCCCAAAGCAUUUGGGGCUGUACAAAUUGUAUUGGGAACCAUACAGAUAAGCUUUGGCACAGCCCUGGCAAUAGCACAAAAGGACUUGCAAAGCCUCACUGUGAAGAGUGGGGUCUACUUCUGGAUUGGGAUCCUGCUCCUGGUCUCUGGAUCCCUCUUGGUAGAAAUGGAGAAAAGACAACACAUGUUACUGGCGAAAAUUAGUUUCUAUAUCAACUUACUAGUCUCUGUGGCAGCACUGGUUGCCAUCAUCCUCCAUGGUAUUGAGAUUAAUCAAGAAGUUAAAAAAGGAGACCUAUGUGCCAAGUAUCCAUCUCAUGAGUCAAGUUAUUUUCAUUGUUCCAAUCUUGGUCAGACACUCGCAUAUGGUUUGAACUCAGUGUUCAUCAUCCUUUCAGUCCUUGAAAUCUCCAUAGCUGUCGCUACCCUGGUGAUUGUAUCCAAAUCUAGAAAACAGCAGCUCUAUAGCCAGAUGGCAUCAUGAUAGGAAAUAUCUCCACAUUCCUGUCACACCACUAGCAGCAGUACUAGGCAUGCACCUAGAGGUUUUCCUCGCUUGAAGCUAUAUAUCUGCAAACCUCUUACAAUCUCUUGACCUUCUCAAGCUGGACAACAGGCACUGCAAAGAAGAAGUCAACUCUGGAUCUUGAUGGUCUUUUGGAUACUGUUCUUCUCUAUCUCUCUUCCUAAAGAACAAACUCUAGUUCAGUAGAUUUGUCCUGUGAACUUCGCUUCCUCCAACCAUCCUGAAGUAGGAAAGAGAGGUGUUUCUCUCCUCAUAUUUGUGUUAUCAAGAAAGAGCACAUCUUUACCUAUUGUGAAGGUUUACCUGUUGACCUCUUUUAUAGGGAUGUGCACGAACUGUGGUUCGCACAUAGUUUGGGAGUGGGGCCCAGGAGCUUUAAGAAAGAGGAGACAGGUCCUUAUCUUCUCUCCCCCGCCCCAUGCAGCUUCCUGCUGGGGCGGUGCGCAUCCCUAGAAGCUUGUACAGACACCAUGUGCGUUCUGACACUGUGCGCGGCUUCUAGGGACAUGCAUCUCCCCAGCAGGAAGCUGCAUGGGGUGGUGGAGAGACGGUAAGGACCUGUCUCCUCUUUCUUAAAGCUCCCAGGCCCACUCCAAAAAUGUGCUCAAACUGCAGUUUGAGCACAUCCCUCCUCUCUUACCUGUCCCUGGGAAACAAUGCCAUUGAUCUUUAAACUCUCCUCUUAUAACUGGUGGACCCAAACCAACCAGUCCUGUGGCUUUUAGGGCCUCUUCCAGCAUUUGACUUUCAUUCAUAUAGGUGUUUUUGAAUUAUCCCUGGGGUGAAGUACACUUAAAACACACAAUUAGAAAUCCAUGUGAUUAUUAUUAUUAUUAACACAUAAUUCUGAAAGCACUUAGGAAGCUGCUUGUGGAUCUUUCUAGGGGGAAAUCAAUAUGGAUUUUUCAGUGAUCACGUAGUGUGUACAACUCCAGAGGAUUGGUACCUCUUAAGCAUGAUCAUGGACAUCAGAACCUCAACCAGUUUGUAACCAGAAGAUGAAGGCAGAUUACAAAGUCUUCCUUUGCCCAGUAAAAACCAUGCCCAUUCUGCAUCUUGCCCCAGUACUCUACAUGAAAGAAAGCAAUGUUCAGGCUCAGUCACACAAUCAGACAUUUAGAUGGGCGUUUGUUACAUAUUACCUUUUUGCCUCCCCUGGGAGUUAUUCACACAUGCCUUCAUGCCGUGGGAUAUCUGAAGAGCGAAUCUGUUUUGCAGCAGAUUCACAAGAUGUUUAAUUCAGGAGAUUGAAUGGACAGUUCACACAGGGUCAGCUCCUCUCCGCAAUCCUUGGCAGAUCUUUUUCUUGUGUGUUCCCACUGGCUUAUUCUACAUUUUUCAUCCAAACAAUCACAAAUCACAUCAGAGAGGAAGAGAGUGAGAGCUUUGUUGCUGUUGUUAGUUCGACAGCUAAGAAUGGAAGAAUAAAAAAUAUAUAUAUAUA